AUGGGUGACCGGGAGACUGAGCACACCGUGCCACAGACACAGCUAGAGGAGAUCACCAGCAAAAUUUCGGAUCUAAACAAAUGGAGGGAAAUCUUUAGUUUCCAUGGUUUGGAAAUCAGCAAAGCUCAUCAGGUAACUGUUUCUCUAAAGCUCAUCGCCGUGCCCACCCCACUGGGAAUACUGGGGGGAGGUAACUUUGGCUGCGUGCAGCGGCGGGACGAUGUACCGUCUGCUCCUCUCUCUGUCCAGCGAGGCCAGGGCAGCGCUGGCGAUGGACCACCUGGAGCUGGAGAGCCCGCGGGGCCACCGCCACCACCUCACCCCCCAUCUGCCGUCCCCAAGCCCCUCCUGCUCUCUCCAGACACGGGCGGCCGGCCCAUCUCCUUGGAAAUGGCAAUGGGGCUGCGAAAGCUGCUGUUUGGAAACGUGCUCCACGUCUUCAGCUGUGAAUGGGCAAAGGCAUACUUCAGGUUUCGCGAGCCGUACUCUGACCUGGCCUAUGCUUUGGAGGCAGAACAGGGGGGAACAAGAGCCAUUCUGAUGGCUGUACAAGCGCACAUCAUUAAAUACCUGCUCUUCGAAAGAAACACAGAAUAUACUCACCUGGAAAGGCUGUGCAGGAUAAGCCGGCUGGAGCAAGGGGAGGCGCUGGCUGUGGCCCUGGCAGACACCCUGUGGGCAGCAGGAGGAGGUGGGAGAGCCGUUAUCUGCCUCGUCACCACAGCUGUCCAUGUUAUGCCAAGCAGAGAACACAGCCCCGACAACUUCAAGGAAAGAAUCCAGCUGUUCGAGUUCUCCGAGAAAGCAGCAGCUCAGGAGUUCCUCUUUGACCAUAUAAACUGUGCCGUGCUCAGCCUCCUCCUGACGGGCCGAGCGAGCCCGCGCGAGCUCGACAGUGGCCAGGAGCCAGGGCCUGAUGGCGGGGGCAUCAAAGCAUGGCGGCAGCGGGGCCCGGUGGGCUACCUGCGCUGGGGCAGGGCGCAGGCGGAGCGGCAGGUGUGCCCCAGGCUGCGGACGCCCCGGCUGCCAGUCUGGCUGUGCAGCAUCACCGGGAGGCACGGCGUUCUCUUCGGCACCGACAGCCGACUCCUCUCCGACUGGAAAACAGAGAGAGUCUUCCACCUGUACUUCUACAACGGGCAGCAGGAGCAGACAAAAACAGCCCAUCUAACGAUAGGUAUGCACCCAAGCUUACCAGGGGAGGAUAUGAGCAAGCCCUGCGGCAAGCAGCAACCCGCCCCGUCGCCCGCCGUCGUCCUCCCGGGUCCCGGCGGGGCCUCUCCUCCGCCGCCUCCCCCCCCUCCGCCGCCUCCUCCCCCGCCGCAGCAGCAGCAGCAGCAACAUCACGAAUUGACCUCGCUCUUCGAGUGCCCCGUUUGCUUCGACUAUGUGCUGCCGCCCAUCCUGCAGUGUCAGGCCGGGCACCUGGUCUGCAAUCAAUGCAGGCAGAAGCUGAGCCUCUGCCCCACCUGCCGGGGCUCCCUCACCCCCAGCAUCAGGAACCUGGCCAUGGAGAAGGUGGCCUCGGCUGUGCUCUUCCCCUGCAAGUACGCCACAACAGGCUGCUCUCUGACACUCCAUCACACAGAAAAGCCAGAACACGAAGACAUCUGUGAGUAUCGUCCCUACUCCUGCCCAUGCCCUGGUGCCUCCUGUAAAUGGCAGGGAUCCUUGGAAGCCGUGAUGUCCCACCUCAUGCAUGCCCACAAAAGCAUUACCACCCUUCAGGGAGAAGACAUCGUCUUUCUUGCCACAGACAUUAACCUUCCAGGCGCGGUUGACUGGGUGAUGAUGCAGUCGUGCUUCGGUCACCACUUCAUGCUGGUGCUGGAGAAACAAGAGAAGUACGAAGGUCACCAGCAGUUUUUUGCCAUCGUGCUGCUCAUCGGCACCCGUAAGCAAGCGGAGAACUUUGCGUACAGACUGGAGCUGAACGGCAACCGCCGCCGGCUGACCUGGGAGGCAACGCCCCGCUCCAUCCAUGACGGGGUGUCUGCGGCCAUUCUGAACAGCGACUGCCUAGUUUUUGAUACGGCUAUAGCACACCUUUUUGCUGACAAUGGAAACCUCGGCAUUAACGUGACUAUUUCUACAUGUUGUCCAUGAUGUAUUUGCAUAGCUAGCAAAACCUAGGCUGUCUGGACAUAGUGCUUUACGUUCACCAAGGGUUUUCUUUUUGUUCUGUUUUUUUUAAAUGAUAUUCAACUAUGUCAUCAUGUAUGCUAAGGUUCCUAACUAGCCAACAUUUUUAACUUUGGAGAGAAGAGAAACAAGAGUGUCCUGUAAGUAAUACGAGUGGGAAAAGGUCUUUUUAAAUUCUUGGGUGCCUUAGGAAGAUUCCCCACACACGGUCACCUUUUUUAAUUUAAUUAUAUUUUAUUUAAAGAGUGCUUCCAUUAGACAUGUAG